CAAUUGCCAGCUAAUUUCUAAAUAUACAGAAGAGCAGAGACUUAAGGAUUCUUCUCCAAAUAGAAAUCCAGAGUCUCUUGAGAAGUAUCCUCACUUGAAGCCUACCGUUGAAAAGAAAGUUUCUGUUCCAAAUAAAGCAGUAGGAGAGGAGUAUGUACAAACAUCCAGAUCAGAUUGGAGUUCUACUAGUUUGACCCCCAGUAAUGAGACUUGUCCAAAAUCUGAGAAUUGGAAGGUUGAUGAUAAAUAUCCACUUGUAUCACAAUCAGUGACCCAAAAUCAGCCAGCAUCCACAGAACUUGGACAGAUGACCUCAAGAGGGAAAGAAAACAUUAACGUUCGAACUGUGUUUCUAUUAGGGAAUUAUGCUCUCCAUGACUUGUGUGAAUCACAGCUACCAGAAAACAAAGAGAGCAAAGAAGGCUUGUCAGCAGAACUAGACUUUAGAAUGACAGCAGAGAAAGAGCGAGAAUGGCCUGAUGGAAAUGAAAAUAAGCAGCCGCGG